CAGGCUCCUCCCUGUCCCUUGCCAGGGCUUCCUCCUCCUCCUCCUCCUCGGCCAUUUCCGCUCUUCCUCGGCUCCUCCUCGGGGGAAUUCUUCCGGGACUGGCGCACCUGGAGCAGCAGCAGCAGCACCUCCACCUCCACCGGGAGCCUCCCUGGGAAGAAGCAGCAGCAGAGGGCCUCCAUCCAGCCCGAGGAGGAGGAGGAGGAGGAGGAAGAAGCAGCACCCACUUUCUGGCGCUCUCCGGAUCCUUUGCACCAAAACCCCAACUUUUCCCAGACUUUGCAUCCGCAGCCGGAGAAGAGCAUCCACUACAGAGAGCAGCAUCCAUCGCUAGGGCGCUCGGCAGCUUCCUUCUCCUCCUUUGUGCAGGAGCCAGUCCAGAGGGCCGGUGCCUGGCCUGGGAAGAUGGCCACCGGGGGCUACCGGGGCAGCAGCGGGGCCACCUCCACCUCCUCCACUUCCACCACCGACUUCUUGGAAGAAUGGAAAGCCAAGCGGGAGAAGAUGCGGGCCAAGCAGGCGCCGCCGACGGCGGGGGAGCCCAAGGCCCCGGGGCCCCCUUCCUCCUCCUCCUCCUCCUCGCCCACCGGCCCCUCCACGGCCAGCAGCCCAGAGCGGAGCCCCAACUGCGCGCCCUCUUCGGCUCGAAGCGCCCCCAAGGAGCCCCCUGCUGCUGCUGCUGCUGCUGCUGCUGAGUGCCCCUCGCCCCCCGUCGGAGCAAGAGCCAGCCCCGCCGAGGGCCCGGGGGCCAAAGGCCAGGAGAAGGAGAAGAAGGAGGAGGCGGAGGAGGAGAGGGUCUCCCCGAAGGGCAAGGGCUCCUCCGGCCCCAGCGCCCGCAAAGGCAAGGGCCAGAUCGAGAAGAGGAAGCUCCGGGAGAAGAGGCGCUCCACGGGGGUGGUCAACCUCCCCGCCACCGAGAGCUUGGAUGAAUUUGAUGAUGAUGAAGCAGGACAGAAGGAACGUAAAAGGGAAGAUGCAAUCACACAGCAGAAUACAAUGCAGAAUGAAUCAGCCAGUGCAGAUUCAAGUGCCUCAUACAUAUUACAGGACACUUCUAGGACAAUUUCAAACAGAUAUAAAAGCACAACAAACAUGCCAGAUGAUGAUGUUUCUAGUAGAUAUUCACGAGCAGCAGACAGGGCAGGAUAUAACAGAUACAACAGAGAAGCAAAUUCUUCUGGAAACAUCAUACCAAAUAAUUCUUUGGAAAAGAAGAUUGAAGAUCUUGAAAAGGAGCUAGCAAAGGAGAGACAAGAAAACCUAAGGCUUGUACGAAUAGCACAAGACAAAGAGGAGCUGAUUGGGAAACUGAAGGAGGAAAUUGAUUUAUUAAACAGGGACCUAGAUGAUAUAGAAGAUGAAAAUGAGCAAUUAAAACAAGAAAAUAAGACACUCUUAAAAGUUGUUGGACAGCUGACAAGGUAGAAGACAGAAGCCUCAGAGAGGAAUGAAACAUGAAAACUACUGAUUGAAUGUUUAAAAAUCAAGGGGCUAGAAUGUUUCCUUUGUUGCAAUAUGUCAAAACAACUGUUUUUGUAUUUAUUAUUAAGGGGGGGAGGGGAAAUAAUGAAUGUUUUACAUAAUGCUUUCUUCAUUUGAUGUAAUAAAAUCAAGCAUUGUAAGUAUUUCUAAACUUAUUCCCUUGCGUUGUCCAAGAUAAUUCAGAUAAUAACUUUCCUGAAAUCAAUAUGUUCUUGAAUUUUCAGUGUCUUUAGCUUAUAUGUAUAUAGCCCAAUUGCAGUGUUGUAAACUACCUGAUCACCAAAACUCCACUUUGGUCUAUAUAGAUACUACUUUUGUGGGCUUCUCCUCUUCCCUAAAUGAAAGGAAUUCUAGGAGUAAACUUUGUUUACAUGGAUUCAAAAUAUAUAUAUUGGGAGAUAUUUGCUAUUUGUUCAACAGCUGUAAAGUGCGGGUGCCUUACUAGAGUACUGAUCUGAAACAUUUUAGAAAUGAAUUGUUUCUUCUACAAAAAAUAAUCUUGUAUUUUGUGAUUUUAUUUUAUACUGUAUCUGAAAUACUGACAAUAGUAGAUAGUACUUUUCCUGUAUAGCUGCUCUUUGACAAACAUAUUUUUAUAAAAUAUCAGUAAAUCACCAAUCCUUAUAAACACCAAUCCUUGCCAAGGUAGUUUUUUAGCAAAAUCCCCAGUUUGCAGGUUAAUCACAAUGCUUUCUUUUCAUCCACAGGAAGAAAAUGGGGUAUUUUCUAUAAGAGUAUUGUUCAUUUUUACAAUAAAUAAAGGCUACAGCCUGAUUUUGACAGGAAAAAAAAUAUAAUUUUUAAUGGACUCAGAACAAAAAGUCUCCCUGGUUUUCUACUUAGAGAUUAAACCAUGCCUUAUUGAUACAGAUGCAACAGAAAACCAUGGCUUAACAAACCCAGGAAGCUGUGCAUCAAAGUGAAAGAGGGAAGGGAAAAAAUGGCUGUUGGGGUCAUGUUAGUUUUUGAUCUAAUGAAAAAUGAUUUUUAGACCAAGACUGUUACAUCUAAGUAGAGACUAUGAGGAUGGUAUGUUGUGUUUGCAUUGGAGAUUUAUAUCACAAUAGUGUCAAGAUAUACUAAAUCAAGAAUGGCACAUUCAUUUUGCAACUACAAUAUAUGCACGUUUUCAUAAAAUGGAUGUAUCAGGACCUUGCUUGAUUUAUAAAGGUCAUUGAAGCUGUGAUAAAAUUUAUUAAUGAAUAUAGUUUACAAAAGGGAAGUUUAUGAUUUUGGGGCCCUCUGAAAGUAUUACAGAAAAACAUCUGUUCUAGAAUAGCACUAAUGUUUGUUAAAAUAAAGUACACUGCAUGUUCUGUUAUACAUCAACAUCAUAUGUCUGUGUUACUAUUUUGUGUUAUGGACAAUGGAAUAGUUUUUUAUAAACCACUGAAAAAAUUACUGUCUUUCACAAAAUCCAAGUCUUUUCUUGCUUGAGAAAGCUUUAUGGCCUUUAAGAAUAUGAAAUAUACCCUGCUUAACAUGAGGUGCUGACAGUUGACCUGGUGUUCCUGUUAUGCUACAGCGCCUGUGAUUUCAUUUAGACACACUAUCUGAAAAGGCUUCAGGGAGAUAUUCCAUGACCUCUUAGUGCACUGAUUCUCAAAGUGUGUAGUAUGAGAGCUACCAUGUUGCAUCAAGCUGGUCUCUGCCCUCCAAAGAGGGACGUCCUGUCCAGAAUUAAUCUCCUUUUUCUGCCACUGCAUUGGAAAUAACAUUCUUAGUCUCUCACAUUCUUACUCCCUCUUCACUGGCAGAUGAGAAGAACUCUCAGAAGUAUCACCAUCACCCACAAAGCAGUGCACUCCCUGUGUUUUGGCUGGCUCAAAAGAAAGUUAGAGCCUCAGCUGUCAAUAUUUAUUAUUGAAUAUUCUCUACCUGAUACCUUCCAGAUGUUAGGGACUACAGUUACCAUGAUCUCUGCCCAACACCAUGUUUUUGUGCAGGUUGGAAUGGUAAAAGCGCCAUAAUGGGGACACCAUAUUACAGCAUUGGUUCUCAAGUAGCAGCAACUUUUCAAGGCAUUGGGAAAAGAGGUGUUUCCCUACCUUGCUGUCUAUUGGACCUGAGAUUUUAUACAUAGAAAGUAUCUGUUAAAAAGUUGGCAUUGACAGUGCUGUUGUAUUUAUGUAGCCAUUGCUCCUAAUUAGGUAGUCAUUAAACAUGAGGGAGGUAUUAACAAAACCUGAUUUUAUAAAAUCUUGCCAGUUUAAAGGCUGUCAAGCUGCAUACUGUGGUACUGCCUCAAAUUCAGGUUAAUUUGGUGAAUUUCAGUGACAGCUAAAAGGCAAAAAUUUACCUCACUUGGAAUGUCAACUGUUUCAUAAAUUACGUAUGUUUUGGUAGUUUGUGAAUUAUUUCAAUAAUUGUGCUGUGGUGUUUCCAAAUGGCAUACCUGGAAUAUUCUAUAGAAAAGACAGAUCGGUUAUACAGUGGGGCCUCCACAUACGUGGCCUUUUUUGCGCGGCUUUGAGCGUACGCUGGGCGCGCACGGGGCAAAAGGGGUGGCACGUCCCAUUCAGUUGAAUGGGCGCGCGCGCCCCACACACCUCCGCGCCGCUGUGCACGAGCCCCAUUGUUUACAAUGGGGCUCGAGCAUAGGCGGAAAUCGCCAUAUGCGGCGGGAUCCGGAAUGGAUCCCCCGCGUAUGGCGAGGUUCCACUGUAUGAAUAACUUCAAUGGAAACAUGCUUAUGAUUUAUAUGGAUAAAAUAAAUAAAGCACAUCAGCUACCUUAA